AUGACUUCAUCAGCGUCGUCCAAAAACGUGGAAGAAGAUGUUUUGGAAGAAGAAAGUGAUGGAGCUCUCGAAGAAGUGAACAGCCACAUCAAAUCAGUUUUUGAAAUUCUCAAAAGCGAGACAAUCAAAGUUCGCAAGGAAAUGAAGGCUUUCGAUACAAUGGCAAAAAAGCUUAAGCACGUUCAUUUUUCUAAAACGUUGAAGCUUAAUGUUGGCGGCCAGUUAUUCUCUACCAGUUUGGAAACUAUGAGGAAAGAUCCAGGUAAAUCAGCUCUAUGCAUGUCUUGCAUGCGUGCAUCCAUUUUUGAAGUCAAUAACAUUUUUGAAUAACCCCUUCGAAAUGUGGUCAAUUUUUAGGAAUAUAGUUUACAUUUUCGAAGAGGCUGCUGGAAUGUGUCUUUUUUAUGUGUGUUUCCUCUGCGAAAAGCACAGGCGGUGUGUUUUCUCAGUUCGCCUAAAGAACCGAAACUAGACACGAUAUGUUAGUUACCGCAAAAUUUUGAUUUUCUUUGUUAGGUUCGAUGUUGCACGCCAUGUUCUCAGGCCGAUUUGAUUCAAAGCCCGCUGAAGACGGUUCGUACUUCAUUGAUCGUGAUGGAACUCACUUCCGGUAUAUCUUGAACUACCUUCGAACAGGACAGCUCGUUGUUCCAGAAGACAAGAUAGUUCGCAGGGAGUUGUUAACUGAAGCUGAGUUCUAUCAAGUCCAAGGAAUUAUCGAUGAGCUUAAGGCCUAUCCCUUUCAAGAUUCGAGCAUUUUGUCCACGGAACAGCGUCAAACCCUGACUAAAUGGUUGAAAAAAAAGCUGACAAGUGCCAGUUGCACUUAUAAGCUGAUAUAUCGCGGUUCACGUGAUGGUUGGGGAGCCUCUAACUUUCAUUCUCGCUGUGAUCGCAAAGGACCAACGGUGACUGUUGUCAGAAGUUCGAAUGGUUACAUAUUCGGAGGCUACAUAGAACAACAUUGGGAAGGUAAGUUUCAUGAGGUGGUAAGG